GCCGUCCCCCGGCCUCCCGAGCGCGAGGCGCGGGGCCGGACGGCGGGACGCGUGGGAACCGCGCCGAACCUGAGCCGACCGCCGCGGAGCAGGGAAGUCGGGGUGCUGCGUGGUGGGGGAGUCCCGAGUGCCCGCGGCGGAGGGAGAGCGGGGACCAGCGCGUUGGCCGCAGGCCGGCGGCUGGGCCGGGGCGGGCAGCGUCCGCCCCUCCGGGCGUCUCCGAGCCCCGAGGCGGGGCCCCUCCCGCGGGGGUUGUUCCCGGGGCAGCCAGGGCGCCGUGUGGGCCCGCCGGUGCCCUCGGUGCCUGGGGACGGCCACCUGCGGUGCCGCCCGCGGGAGGGGCCGCGCCCUCGGGGCAGGUGACGAGGACAGGAAAUCCUGGACCUGGUUAAUGAUUCCUUCAUUCCUGGAGCGGGCUGGACACGGGAGGCCGCGGCUUCCAGGGGACACCACACUGAACCUGUUGCGGGGCCCGCCAAGGCCCUGACCCUCGGGUCUGUGCCCUCCCCACAGGACAGGUAUGAUCUUGGAGCUGGCCGCCAUGGAGCUGAAAGUGUGGGUGGACGGCAUCCAGCGGGUGGUCUGUGGGGUCUCAGAGCAGACCACCUGCCAGGAAGUGGUUAUAGCACUAGCCCAAGCAAUAGGCCAGACAGGCCGCUUCGUGCUCGUGCAGCGUCUCAGAGAGAAGGAACGGCAGCUGCUGCCACAGGAGUGUCCAGUAGGUGCCCAGGCCACCUGUGGACAGUUUGCCAGUGAUGUCCAGUUUGUCCUAAGGCGGACAGGACCCAGCCUGUCUGGGAGACCCUCCUCGGACAGAUGUCUGCCCCCGGAGCGAUGCCCAGUUCGUGCCAGCCUCCCCCCAAAGCCAAGAGCAGGACCUGGCCGUGAGCCCCGGAAAGCACUGACCUUCAGUUUGGGAUGUCCCAGGCUGGCUCCCAAUCCCCUACCCCCUGAGCCUGCAACCCCAUUAGCAUCCACACCGGGCACCUUUGCAGACCUGCAGGACCUAGAGGUCAGAGUACAGAGGAAUGCCGAGGAGCUGGGCCAUGAGGCCUUCUGGGAACAGGAGCUUCGGAGAGAGCAAGCCCGGGAGCGAGAGGGCCAGGCUCGCUUGCAGGCCCUGAGUGCAGCUACUGCCGAGCAUGCUGCCAGGCUCCAGGCCCUGGAUGCGCAGGCUUGUGCCCUGGAGACUGAGCUUCGGUUGGCCACAAAGGCGCCUGGACCUCCCUCGGCUACAGCAUCUGCUACAGAACGCCUGCUCCAGGACCUGGCAAUCCAGGAGCGGCAGAGUGUGGAGGUGCAGGGUAGCCUGGCCCUGGUGAGCCGAGCUCUGGAGGCUGCUGAGCAUGCCCUGCAGGCCCAGGCUCAGGAGCUUGAGGAGCUGAACCGGGAGCUCCGUCAGUGUAACCUGCAGCAAUUCAUCCAGCAGACAGGGGCUGCCCUACCACCGCACACACAUCCGGACAGAGGCCCAUCUGGCACAGAGCCAGUGAAGAGGCCCUCCAAGGAACCCCCCAGAGUCAUGUCCUAGUACCCAGCCUGAGUCCUGAGGCUUCCCACAUAUGGCAGAGCUCUUGGAGGUAGCAACUCUUGCCCAAGUGGGGCUGGCUGAAGAUAGAUGAGCCAGGAUAGCUGGGAUGAGUCGCCUGGACAGCAGGACAGCAGGCGUCUGUGGCCACAGAGGAUUCCGUCCACGUGCAGUGAGAAGCACUAGUGUCCUGGGCUUCUGCUUCAGGAAGGUGGAGUGCCGCAAGCACAGCUCCCUAGCCCUUGCCAGUUGACAAGUCCCCUGGAGAGGCUUGGGCCAGCUCAGAACUCUCCUGCUCCCAGGGCCACUACUCCUUGCCAAGGAAGGGCAAGUAUGGAUACUACAUUCACGCAGUGGUCAUGUGCCUGUGGGCAGUGUCCUUCACUGUGUGCAUGCCACCUCCCCUCCCCUACCCCAACACUUAAACAAUAAACUACCCAAAGUGCCUUGAACGCG